CCGAAAUGAUAGAAGCUAUUCAUAUUCUUUACUUUGUUAUUUUUUAUUUUUUUUACCAUUCUUGAUUUCUCCGUUUUUAUAGUUUUUUCGGCACUGCCUGGAGUGAAAUUCAAAAGAAAUCAAAUAUGUCGAUUUUUUUGGAAUGAAACUUGAUAUGGAUAAGUGUUUUUUCUUUACUGUAUCGGAUUAUUGAAUUAUUCAGCUGUUUAUUUACAAGAUAUAUGAGUGUUUUUUGCUAUAAUUUUCUGCUGGAGCCCUUGAUGUAUAAUUUAUUUAUUUUUUCAGUGUCACUAAAAUUUUAGCUUGUGGGUGUAUACAAUAUCAAAAGGAAAUGAUCCCAUAUUCAUGAGUUGCAUGAUUCCCAUCAUUUAUUGUAAAUUGAUACAUAGGAAAAAUCGAAUCUUUAUUCCAGGUGCUCAGCUUGCAGUCCUUUAUUGGUCAUGCUAUUAAACUCCAAACCCAAUAAAAAUCCCAACUGUCUUGAUUUUUGCCUGGGCACACACAAUUGCUUGGAAAAUGCUAUUCUUGAUUUUUCCUGUUUAUGGAUUUUCGAUGGAAUCCGAUGUAUCGGAUGUGUUUGAAAUGAAAUUCGUUUUUUUUAUGGUUAUCAUGUCUAUAAUUCUGUGUGGAUAAGUGCGUUUUAUAUUGUAGCGAUUAUUGAAUCAUAUAGUUGCUUAUUUCCAAGAUUUCUGUAUGUUUCUGCUAUUUAUUUUAUAUUCACACAUAACAAAAAUCCAAUCUUUAUCCCAGGUGCUAGAAGCUUGCAGUCCUUUACUGGUUAUGGCAUAAACUCUCGAUUGUCUAGAUUUUUUCCGGGCAAAUUAGCUCGGAAAAUGCUAUAUAUCGAUCAAGACCCCGACUUUGAGAAUAUGGGCUACGCUUUUAGCAGAUUAGAGAUGGAAACUGAGGCUCUCGAUGGUUUGGGUUCGAACGAAGAGCCUAUCGAAAGCCCUCGGCCCAACAGACAGUCGAGCUUGUUAGAAAACGAUAUAGCUCAGUUGACUAAGCUUCAGUCGGGCCCACAAGAGAAUCUGAGCCGUGUUUUUCCUGGAAAGCGUGAAUUUCCUGUUUCGACCUUGAAGAUGUUGGCUGGGCGAGAAGCAAACCUCUCGGGAAAAGGGCGGUUUACGUCGGGUGACUGCCGUCAUGUUUUGAGCAGAUAUUUGCCGGUCAAUGGCCCGUCGAUUGUUGACCAUAUGGUGUCAAGAGCUUACGUGUCUCAGUUUUCGGCCGAUGGGUCCCUUUUUGUUGCUGCUUUUCAGGGGAGUGAAAUUAGAAUAUACGAUGUGGAAAAAGGAUGGAAAGUUCGAAAGAACGUUCUAGCUCGAAACUUGAGGUGGACAAUUACUGAUACGUCCCUGUCUCCUGAUCAAAGACACCUUGUUUAUGCUAGCAUGUCACCAAUUGUACACAUUGUCGAUAUCGGGUCCUCCACAAGAGAUUCUCUAGCAAACAUUAAUGAAAUCCAUGAAAGCCUCGAUUUCUCGUGUCCUGAAGAUAGGGGAUAUUCUUUCGGAAUAUUCUCUCUGAAGUUCUCGAACGAUGGCCGAGAGAUUGUAGCUGGAAGCAGUGAUGAGGAUAUUUACGUUUAUGACCUCGUAGCAAAUAAACUCUCCCUCCGAAUCUCGGCCCAUACGUCUGAUGUAAAUACUGUAUGCUUUGCUGAUGAAAGUGGCCAUCUCAUUUAUUCGGGAAGCGAUGACAAUUUUUGUAAGGUUUGGGAUAGACGGUGCCUUCGGUCUAACAGCUCACCCGCCGGGUACUUGACGGGCCAUCUUGAAGGUAUCACGUUUCUCGAUAGCCGUGGAGAUGGCCCAUACAGAAAUUAUGAAUGGGAUUACAGAUGGAUGGAUUAUCCUUCCCAAGCAAGAAAUCUAAAGCAUCCUUAUGAUCAGUCGAUAGCUACUUAUAAAGGUCACUCGGUUUUACGUACUCUCAUCCGUUGCUACUUCUCGCCUGAGUACAGUGGGGCCCAGGUCGCGAAAUUGCGGCACCAUAGAUCGACGGUUAGGGAUUGCAGCUGGCACCCGAACUACCCGAUGCUCGUGAGCUCGUCUUGGGAUGGGGACAUUGUGAAGUGGGAAUUCCCGGGAAAUUUGGAGGUGACGCCUCCCGCCAACAAAACGAGGCCAAGGAGGAGAUAUUUCUUUUAU